GUGGGAGAACUUGCACAAUUGGUGGCUGACAAAAAUGUUUUUGCCCCACUGUAUGUAUGUUUGUAUGUGUAAGCGAGCAUGUAAUUGAGUAUAUGUGUGUUCAUAUCCACUUCAUAGUGUUCAGAUAUUUUUUUACAGUUCCCAUACUUUCUUUCUAUCUCAACAUGAAGUCCCUGUAGAUUUUAGUACAGCCAUGUUGUUAUGGAGCCAUCUCUGAAUAGCUGUCCAUCUAUAGUGUUAAUGAGUCUCCAGUCCUUUCGCUCUGAUUUAUGAUGUGCUACAAACCCAUGGCAGGAUGAGACAGAUGGGUUUCAGGUUAGGAUUACUUGGGGCCCAGCCCAUUUGGAGGGGAACGAGGCAGUUGAUGUAUUGGCCAAACAAGCACUUAGUAGUGGGGAUGUAGUAGUUUUAAUGAGCAAGGCAGAGGCUAAAAGCCUGAUAUGGACAGUGAUGGUGUAGAGAUGAGCAGGUUAACAGCCUGAUAUAGACAGUGAUGGUGUAGAGAUGACAGGUUAACAGCCUGAUAUAGACAGUGAUGGUGUAGAGAUGACAGGUUAAACGCCUGAUAUGGACAGUGAUGGUGUAGAGAUGACAGGUUAAACGCCUGAUAUGGACAGUGAUGGUGUAGAGAUGACAGGUUAAAAGCCUGAUAUAGACAGUGAUGGUGUAGAGAUGACAGGAGCAGGUUAACAGCCUGAUAUAGACAGUGAUGGUGUAGAGAUGACAGGUUAAACGCCUGAUAUAGACAGUGAUGGUGUAGAGAUGACAGGCUAAAAGCCUGAUAUAGACAGUGGUGGUGUAGAGAUAACAGGUUAAAGCCUGAUAUAGACAGUGAUGGUGUAGAGAUGACAGGAGCAGGUUAAUAGCCUGAUAUAGACAGAUAUCUCAAAGUGCUGUACAGAAACCCAGCCUAAAACCCCAAACAGCAAGCAGGUGCUGUUUGGUGUCGAAGCACAGUGGCUAGGAAAAACUCCCUAGAAAGGCCAAAACACCCCUAAAUGUUCCGUCAUGUUCUGAAGUACUGUCAGCUGGCUGGUGGGGGCAGUGAGGCUGGCUGGUAAAAUGAAAUCUGUUUUCUAGACACACACACACACACACACAAAGGCACCUGUCUGGAAUGUUCUGGUCUCUGAUUGGUUAACCAUAGAGGGAGAGAGAGAGCAACCUGACAAACUGUUCUUAGGUUUCUGAAUCUGAGCCACAAGGUUAGGUUAGGUUUCUGACUGAGAUAAUACCUGUGGAAAAGCAGACAGAGUUCUGGUUCAGUGAGGGAGAAGAUAAAUAUUCCGGAAGUUACCACUCUGAAACCAUCAGGAACAGGACACUAGAACAGCAGAACCAGCCAACCAGUGCAGCAAAAGCCUAUUCUACAGACAGGUCAGAACAGUACAGGACAUCCUAGAACAGACACUAGCAUUCUAGAACAGAACAGGGUAUUCUAGAACUGGACAGGACACACUAGAAGAGGUACAGGACAUUCUAGAACAGACACUAGCAUUCUAGAACAGAACAGGGUAUUCUAGAACUGGACAGGACACACUAGAAGAGGUACAGGACAUUCUAGAACUGGACAGAACACUCGAGGAUGAGGAACCUCCUGACCACCGAGAACCAGAACUGUUACCGGGAGCAGAUUGAGAAGGAGUGCUAUACCCGGCUGGCCUGGAAGAGCCGCUACGGACGAGACUACCCAACCAGUUUCGUCUCCCGCAGGGCCAAUGAGCAGAUAAGGCUGAGGCUCCCUGAGCUCCCCCUGACCACUAAGACCAUCCUGCCUCCUGUGUUAUCUACCCUGGAGAGGAGGAGAGAGGCUGCAGUGCCUAUGGACAGAUCACUGAGCGAGGCUCCCCUGAUGAGAGAAGUGACACCCCAGACCAAGGAAUCUCUCUACCAGGGUUUUUCCAAGGAGGGGAAGGGACGUAGCCUGUACCUCCAUACACGCACACAGAAAGGCCCAGAGGAGAAGUUUGACUACCCUCUACUGUCUUCCUGGGACUACGGAUGGAGACUGGGUGACUAUGGAAGAGACUACAGGUCGCCAGCCAAUGGGAGAUCAGGAGUCGUGAGGAACAACUUUUACGCCAGGAAUGGAAUAUUCCAUUUUCCCUCCGAAACGGAUCGUCUUGGAUGACGAGCGAAAGGCUUCAGUUUUCAGCGGGUUUUAUACUUUACUCUUAAAUUCUCUCGAUAUUGAUGAAGAUGAACUUUAAUUUGUUUUUCUGCUGUAUAAGCAUGCUAUCUCUGUUUGAUUUAUAACAAAUAUAUUCUCUUCUAUAGGAUAUACAGAUGUGUGUUAGCUAUAAAUUAUGUUCAUAUGCAAUCCUUAUGAAAACACUGUUACUUUAC